GUGUGCUUCGUGCGGAGGAGACCCACUCACUCACGGAACAAAUCAAGCAUUCAGUGAACACCAUCAGCACACGCGCCGUGGAAAGCCGAGAGCGCUUUCUGUCGUUUCAUUCAUCCCGGUGAAGAGCUGCUGCUGAUCCCACUUCCUCUUCCUCCUGUUUCUGUUUGCUCUCCUUCAACCUUCCACUGUGCCUUUUCGGUCCGAGUUAAGUGGAUAAUAUCAACAGAGCUCCCUUCUUCGUCUUCUUUCCGUCCCCCACCUCCGUGAUACUACGAGAAGUCGUGAGAGGACACGCGCAUCACGACAGACAGGCAGCGCGAGGGAGCUGCUUUAAUUAYACUAUCCUGUAUUUGGAUUUGUUUGGAGGGUCUGUGGCAGUUUGACACAAGACGCGAGCAGAACCGAUGCCUCCGCGAUGAGCGGCGCUGUGAGUCCCGCUGAGUUUGGACGGAUUUGAAGGGAACAGGUGCGUUCAGGGACCAAGGACGGUGCAGUUGGUUGGAUGGUUGUCGGCUUCCAGGAGAGGAGUCAGUGCCUCUGCGCAAGUCUCAGAUGAAGAUGAAGUCUGCGGGCGUCGUGGACGGAGGCUUAUUCACAGAAAGUUAUUGUAACAUCUGCAAUGCCCAGCUCAUCUCUGAGUCCCAGCGCACCGCUCACUACGAGAGUAAGAAACACGCCAACAAGGUCCGUCUAUUCUACAUGCUUCACCCUGAAGAUGGAGGACCACCGUCCAAAAGACUGAGACCAGAUAAUCCAGACUGCGCAGAGACAGAAGUGGACCGGAACAAGUGCUGCACGUUGUGUAACAUGUUCUUCACCUCUGCGAUUGUGGCUCAGUCCCACUACCAGGGCAAAACCCACGCCAAGAGAGUCCGCCUGGUCCUCGGGGAGCCACCCAACCAACCCACAGCCAUAAGCAGCCCUACAAACACAG